AUGUCACGACACCAUACAACUGGUAUUUCCUCUAAAAAAAACUAUUAUUAUCAAGAAGAACAACAAAAUCAAAAUACAAGUAGAAUAACCAACAACAACACUAAUUAUUAUAAUAGUAAUUAUACUACACCUAAAAACUCCCUUCUUCUUACUAAACCUAUUUCAAUAUCUACUUCUUCAUCAUCACAAGAAUCGAUAGAAUUAGAAAAUAUUUCAUCUUCAAGCCACACAUCACAAAAUGUUAUAACUGAACCAUUUGUCACAGUAACACCAGAGCUAAACAAUAGACCACCAAGAAGACGUAGACGUCCUCCAUUCUCUUACUCAUCAUUAAUAGCUCAAGCUAUUUUAGAUUCACCUGAACAUAGAUUAACAUUACGUGAAGUUUACCAUUGGAUAAUGGAACGUUAUCCACAGUUAUAUAAAGCUGAUGAUACUGGUUGGCAGAAUACAAUACGACAUAAUUUAUCAUUGAAUAAAUGUUUCAAAAAAGUACCACGUUCAGAUGCAGAAUUAGGAAGUGGGAGUAGUGGCGCAUCAACCACUACUGCAAGUAAAGGUAAAGGUGGAUAUUGGACAAUUGACCCUGAUUAUAUGACUGGGUAUCAUGAUGGUGUAUUCACAAGAGGUGGUGUACAAAAACGUAGACCGGGCGAAUUAGUCACUGUUACAACAACGACAACGCCCGGCGGAGGAGGAAGCGACGAUGGUUCUUUACAUAAUGAUAGUGGCAUAGGUGAUAUUGAUAUCGAUUAUAAUCAUAAUAAUCAUCACCAUCCUCAACUUGCUCUAAAGACAACAUAUUUGUCGUCAUCAUCGUCACCACCUGCCACCACCAAUACUUCAUCAUUAAUGACACCGCCACCUUCAUCAACAUCUAGGAAUAACAAAGCUCUAUUUGACAAUCACUCUUCUUCAAUUAAAUCACAAACUAUCAAUGACAAUAGUAAUAUUAGUAAUAAUGUAUUUCAUUCAGACAUAAAUAAUAACGUUUCCUCAUCUUUAAAUAAUAAUAACAACCAAUUUAUACAAAAGUCACUAUCACCAUCGCCGCCGCCAGAAAGAAGUACUUCUAGUAUUACUAGUAGUCCUAUUAAACACGAAUAUAACAAUAAUACCAAAAGUGAUAAUUCUUCAUUAAGUAUCGUUAUAAAUUCACAACAACAACAAAAACAUAUGGAAGGAUGUGAUGAUGAAUUAUCGCCAUCAACAUCAAUUCAUGCCUCAUCAUCGCCUACUUCAAUGAAAAUCAGCGAUUUAUUGAAUUAA